CAGCUUUGAAAAUGGGAUCCAAGACUCAUCACCAUGUUGUCUCACAAAUGAUGGGUGGAGAAGUCUGAGAAAUACUGUGCGCUGUCCCGCUUGGAGUUUCCUGGAGCUCAGGGAAGCCCUGGGAAACUCCUCGGAGGAAAGCAAGACUCUGCUUUAUCUGUUCUCAAGCCGCGAGGCGCGUCUCCAGUCCCUGCUACCCUUCCACUCUGACGCGGCUUUGCCAGCCUGCCCCUUAGGCGUCUCAAGAGGUGGACGCUGGCUGACUGGGGGCGGAGGUCCCCAGGAUCAAGCUAAGCUCUCCUCAAGCCUCCCUUGGCACGCCGGAACGUCCACGCAUGCGCCUCGCUCGCUGCCCGCCUACGACCGGCAGCCCGCACAAAGGCUCUCUGCUGGGUACCAAUCGUGCUCGCUGGCUGCUUUCCAGCCCUCCAGUCAAAUUCUAGGGUGUGGUCAUCGCGCCAGGCUCCUCCGGCCGCCGAUUGGUCAACGUUUUCCUGGUGCGAGCAGCUCUGGCCAAUCAACGUCCGUCAGUCCACUCCGCGCGUCCUAGCUUGGAGGCGCGAGCGGCGCGGCCGGUUGAGGAGGGCGGGACGUGGGCGGGACGUCCGGCGCCGGCCCCGCCUCCUCGCCCUGCCCACUCCUCGGCGUCUAAACACAGGUGGGAGCGGGAGAUCCCGACAGGUGAACCCCGCGCCCGGCAGUCGCAAGGAUGGAGUUCGUCAAGUGUCUAGGCCACCCGGAGGAGUUCUACAACCUGCUGCGAUUCCGCAUGGGAGGCCGGCGGAAUUUCAUACCCAAGAUGGACCAGGACUCACUCAGCAGCAGCUUGAAGACCUGCUACAAGUAUCUCAAUCAGACCAGUCGCAGCUUUGCCGCGGUUAUCCAGGCACUGGAUGGGGACAUACGGCACGCCGUGUGUGUGUUUUACCUGGUUCUCCGAGCCCUGGACACAGUGGAGGACGACAUGACCAUCAGUGUGGAGAAGAAGAUCCCACUGCUGUGUAACUUUCACACUUUCCUCUAUGACCCAGAGUGGCGGUUCACCGAGAGCAAGGAGAAGGACCGACAAGUGCUGGAGGACUUCCCCACGAUCUCCCUGGAGUUUAGAAAUUUGGCUGAGAAAUAUCAAACAGUGAUUGAUGACAUCUGCCACAGGAUGGGGUGUGGGAUGGCAGAAUUUGUAGAAAAGGAUGUGACCUCCAAACAGGACUGGGAUAAGUACUGCCACUACGUUGCUGGGCUGGUUGGAAUUGGCCUUUCUCGUCUAUUCUCUGCCUCAGAGUUUGAAGACCCCAUAGUUGGUGAAGACAUAGAGUGUGCCAACUCAAUGGGUCUGUUCCUGCAGAAAACAAAUAUCAUUCGUGAUUAUCUGGAAGACCAACAAGAAGGAAGGAAGUUUUGGCCUCAGGAGGUGUGGGGCAGAUACAUUAAGAAACUGGAAGACUUCGCUAAGCCAGAGAACAUGGAUGUGGCUGUGCAGUGCUUGAAUGAACUCAUAACCAACACCCUACAGCACAUCCCCGACGUCAUCACCUACCUGUCCCGGCUCCGGAACCAAAGUGUGUUUAACUUCUGUGCUAUACCACAGGUAAUGGCCAUUGCCACACUGGCUGCCUGCUACAAUAACCAGCAGGUAUUCAAAGGAGUAGUGAAGAUUCGGAAGGGGCAAGCAGUCACCCUCAUGAUGGAUGCCACCAACAUGCCUGCUGUCAAAGCUAUUAUAUACCAGUACAUAGAAGAGAUUUAUCACCGGAUCCCCAACUCCGACCCAUCAUCAAGCAAAACCAAGCAGAUCAUCUCCAACAUCAGGACACAGAACCUUCCCAACUGCCAGCUCAUCUCCCGAAGCCACUACUCCCCCAUUUACCUGUCAUUUAUCAUGCUCUUGGCUGCCCUGAGCUGGCAGUACCUGAGCACCCUGUCCCAGGUCACAGAAGACUAUGUCCAGAGAGAACACUGAAUUUGUUUAGCUGGAAGUGGAAGUUCACGUGAAGUGGGUUUUUCCUUUUCCUCCAGCUGGACUUUUGACUUCCCUUAUUUUUCCUCCUACUCUAUAAUCUGAAGAACUGAGUCUGGGACCUUUAGGAACUGUGCAGAGGAAAAAGACACCUUGACCUCAGCAGCCUGGUGCUGGCUGGGACGUGGGUCCUCUGCUUCUUGUAGCCACUGGCAGCAUGCUGAUUGCUGCACUUUAGAUGGUGUGGCCACAUGUGAUGGUCACAGGAGCCUAGUGAACCUGGCUAGAAUGCUGAUUGGAUUUAUUUAAUUUGAAACAGCCUUUGAAUAACUAUGACAGUAGACAAUGAAGCGACUGGUCCUUGUCUUUCUCAUGAGCUUGACCGUGGAAGUGUUCAUUGGUAUUGUGUUGCGCGAUGCUGCCGAGCUUCUGAGAGUGCUGGCUUGACCUUCUCACCCAGGGGGAGCUUAAGCCCCCAUCAGUGCUGUUGGCCACUUGUCCUAAGCGUGUCCUCUGGGAAAGGCUUUUGAUGUUGAGAUUUUUGUAAUAGCGUAUAAUGAAUGCACACAGUAACAUACUCAAAUCCCUUGUAAGGACUGAGUUUGUCCAGUGCACCUCACCUGAAAUCCCAGAAAGAUAGCCUAGUGACCUCGGGACUCGGUCCUCUGUCACCACAACAGAGUGUUGCUGAUGGAGGGUAAGGUAAGCAGGCAGUGCAUUCACCUCUCUGCUUCAGCCUGCCACUGUCCUGUGCCCCGCCAGCCUCCUCUACAGUCAUUUGUUUUGGUUUGUCUUGAAGUCUGAAGACAAAAGAUGACAGGAAAACCAGUUCUAUAUUGGUAGGUUUUUAAUAGCAGCAUGGUAAGUCGGCUACAUUGUCAAGAUGGCCUCUGACACCCUGUGUAUCUGAAAAACCAGUAUUUGAGCGGUGGCGAGGCUCUAGGCAACCAUGCUGACCUGUAUGACAAGAUACCUGAGGCCAACUACUUUAUCAAGGAAAGAGGUUUAUGUUACAGCUUAGGAGGAUGAAAGUACAAGAUGAGGGGCCCCAAUCUUUAGCCCUGGGAUAGCCUUGUGAGAAAUGACACUACAGUGGUGAGGGGACAUGCAGGAGAGAGCACAUGACAGGAAUCAGGAGUCGAAGACCUGGCAUGCUGACGCUUGUACACUGCAACUGUAGCUCAGAUUGGCCUGCAAGUCUAUGUAGCCUUGAACUUAAUGGUGAUCCCACUGCCUCAGCCUUCUGAAUGUAAGAGUUACAGGCAUGAGCCACCCCACUGUUGUCCACCGAGCUUGGUGUCUGGAGCCCUAACUCUGGAAGACUAGCAUUGAGCCCUUUUAACAGUGCCUCAGCUACCUGUUAUUCUGUGAACCAAGCUUCCUGCAUAGGACCCUUUGGGGAACACUCAGACCACAGAGACAUGCAUAUCAUAUAGUCUGCUCCCCUCUUCAGCCUGCAGGGCAUGUUGACUUCAUCCCUGAGGUGACCAGUUCAGUGGUCCACUCAACUUUGUAAGCACAGAUUCCUUGCUGGAUUACUGGGGCAUGGAGACUUCACUUCAUUGGUCACUUGCUCUCACCCUUGAACAAAUAUCACCCCGUUGAAA